GUCGACGCUGUGUUUCGGAAAGGAGCGCGGGAGCUUCACGGCCGCAGGUCGGGUCGGUGGGGCGCGUUCUCAGGUCCUUCGGCGCGAGCUCCGGCGCCUGCCUCUCGUGGAGCCUCCUCCCGUGGUACCCCGCGAACGUGCGGGCUGGCAGUGAAGGGAAGAGGAAUUUCCGCGCCGUGUAGCCGCUUGCGAGGUGCCUACUGCGAGGUGUAGGUUCCUGGUUGAGAAACGAUGACAGAGGUGCUGGAUCUCCAUGGACAGGACUCUGAUGGGGGUAGUGAGGAGGUGGUCCUGACUCCUGCAGAGCUGAUUGAAAGGCUGGAGCAGGCCUGGAUGAACGAAAAGUUUGCCCCUGAGCUCCUGGAAAGCAAGGCUGAGAUUGUUGAAUGUGUCAUGGAACAGCUAGAGCACAUGGAAGAAAAUCUCAGAAGAGCCAAGAAGGGGGAUCUGAAGGUCAGCAUCCAUCGGAUGGAGAUGGAGAGGAUCCGCUAUGUCCUUAGCAGCUAUUUGCGGUGUCGGCUCCUGAAGAUAGAGAAGUUUUUCCCUCACAUCCUGGAAAAGGAGAAAAUGCGCCCUGAGGGGGAGCCUUCCAGCCUGUCUCCAGAGGAGUUUGUCUUUGCCAAAGAGUACAUGGAUCACACAGAGGCCCAUUUUAAAAAUGUUGCCUUAAAGCACAUGCCUCCCAACCUGCAGAAAGUGGACCUCUUGAGGGCAGUUCCCAAACCUGACCUAGAUUCAUACGUGUUUCUGAGAGUGAAAGAACGACAAGAAAACAUACUAGUAGAACCAGAAGCCGAUGAGCAGAGAGACUAUGUUAUUGACUUGGAGGAGGGCUCCCAGCACUUGAUCCGAUACAAAACCAUUGCACCUCUUGUUGCUUCUGGAGCAGUUCAGUUAAUAUAAAACAAAGCAAGCCUGAGGACACGGAAGCAUCUUAGACUAUUAGAAACUCCAUCUCCCUUUGUGUCUAAUGGAGGCAUUCCGUGCAGUUCAUCAGCAGUGUGUGGACUACUUGGACAUGAGGAGGAGUCGAUGCAGGAUUCCCUUCGUUGCCACACCCUUCUCUUAAAUCCCUGCUUAACCAGCACCAACAGAUGAGUGCUCUGUACACUCAGCAAAUAAAUCAACUGUCAGCUCUGUUCCUUUUAUUUUUCUACUACUUAUUGAGCUCAGGAAAGGUCACAACGCAGCUUCUUUGCCCUGCCCAUGGUGAGAUGGAUUGGGCAUGACUUGAUGGUAACAGGAGAAUUCCUUUCGCCUUACUGGUAGAAGAUCACAAGCAGCUGAGGUCUGCCUCUCUACAGCGUUAAUGUGUGACCUGAUGAUUCGGAACCUCAAAUAUUGAACAUAAAAACAAAUGUCUCAUGCAUAACCGAAGAAAGUCACAACUAACAAAGCCACUGUUAAAUGUCACGCUUGUGGUAGAAGGAGUCUUUGGACAGUUCUUAGCUUGAUGUCUAAUGAAGUAGAUUCUCCUUGUGUCUUCGGCAGCUUUGGCUGACAAGCCUCCAGGCCAUCUGACUUCCCCUGAUUCAGAUCUGACAAGAGCGUCAUUACUAACUGGCCUAAGUUGGGACUUCAGCACUAUCCAGGAAUAUGGAUAAAAUAAUCUAGUGAACAGCUUCACAAGGACACCUGAAGGGAAGACAACUCAUGAGUCAGCACCUUGGAACUGAUGAAAACGGCCUGUGUUCUAGUCUCUCCUCCCUCUUUUUUUUUUUUUUUUUAAACUUAUUUUGAGACAGAGUAUCCUGGAACUUACUAUGUAGACUAGGCUGUGUUGAAACUCAAAGAUCCACCUGCCUCUGCCUCCCUAAAGCUUAAAGGGGUAAGCUACCAUGCCCAACCAGUCUUUUUGCGAUAAUGUAGAUUUUCACUUAACAUGAUCAGAGAGUAAACCAGUGAAAUUUCUAUCACUACUAAGAGAACCCAGUAGAUAAAAGCAAGGAAGGUCUCUGAACAGAAGUGUUUGACAUUCCUCUAGUAAACUACUUUCCAGAGUAGCUUCCUCCUCUGUAUUAAACACUUGUGCUAAGCACAUUGUGCUAGGCACAAUUGAAGAUAACAGCUCAAAAAGUAUGCAGAGAAUUAGGGUGACUCCUCAGACUGGCCAGAUUUGUGGUUGUCAUGGUUUGAGUAGUAUUGCUGCAAUAAACCAUAACUGAGAAGGACUGAGGAACCUAGAGGCGAUGGGGACUCCACAGGAAGACCCAAGAGUCAACUAGCCUUGGGCCUUGGGAGCAUCUAGAGGCUGGACCAUCAACCAAAGAGCAUACAGGGCCUGGACCUAGGCCACCUGGACACAUGUAGCAGAUGUGCAGUUUGGUCUUCAUGUGGGUCCUCCAACAACUGGAACUGGGGCUUACCCUGACUUUGUUGUUUGGCUAUGGAUCUUGUUACCAAACUGAACUGUCUUGUCUGCCUUCAGUGGGAAAGAAUGUACCCAGCCCUGGAGUGACUUCAGGUGCCAGAGUGCCAGUGUGAGUUGGUACCCAGGUGGUAUAAACUUGCCUUUAGGGGCAUUUUCUCCAUUGAGAUUUCCUCUUCCCAAAAGAUUGUGUUAAGUUGACCCCCUUUCAAUUUGGCACACUAUAUACUGCUGUGAAACUGUAACCUUUACAUUCUUGUUUAAGAUAAUACCAAUGUCAGAAAACACAUCUAACUUUAAAAGACUUAGGGUCUUUUAAAAUUAAAACACAAGUUCAUUCUCUUUAAAAUAUCCAAGGCAUCUAAAAAUUAGGUUCCUGUAAAAUUAAAACUAACUUACAUACUUCUUAUUCCAAGAGGGAAGAUCCAGGAACAGGUACAAUCAAAUUAAAUCGAAGGUAAAUCUG